AGACCACGGGUUCGCUAGGCGUUCGUCACUCGGGGUGGAAGUGGUUGUCCAGCUCGAAGUGGACGAAAAUUAAAAAAAAAAAUUGUUCCGGAAAAAUGAGGUCCAAAGAGCUUGUUGAUAAGAGUUAUGGUUCCUCCUCCAGUUCCCGUUCUCGGUCCCGUUCUAGAGAAGCUACCAGGCGAUGGCGUAGGAACAAAUCUCCUAGGUCUAGUUCCAGUUUCAAAGAAGACAGAAAACACAGAGAUCGGACUAGAGACUCAAAAAAGGGAAAGACUUGUUCGCGAUCUCAGGAAAGACUGCAGAGGCGUCGUGAAGACUGGUCUAAGGCUCGGUCCAGGUCGAGAUCGAGAUCCGGGGAAGACAGGCGCAAGAGGCGUGAUUCCAGAUCCAGGGAGUGUAAGAUUAGGAGAUCCAAGUCUAGAGAAACGGACAGAAGAUCUCGAUCCCAUGAGAGUGCAGGAAGACGGACCAAAACUCGACCUUGCGAUAAUGAUGAUGGUCACAAGAGACGACAAGGACGCAGGUCUCGAUCAAGAGAUCUACCGGAGAAGAAAAUGUCUCGUUCUGCAGACGAAAAGAAACAGGGGCAUUGGAAACAACGAGAAUCUCAGUCCAGAGAUAAGAGGGGAGGCUGGAAAAUCAGGCCCCACUCUGGGUCGGAUUCGACGAAUGGAUCUCCUUCACAUUGCAGCCCGGUAAAGCGGUCCCACUCACGGUCCAUUUCAAGGAGUGUGUCGCGGAGUGACUCGAGGUCUCCGCGACGUUUGUCCAGAUCCAGUUCUCCACGGGGACGAGGCGCCGGAAAAAGAAACGAAGAAAGAAGAAGCAGUUCUUUGUCUGAGGAACGGUUAAGGUCCAGAUCAAGUGAAAAAAAACACAAAAAAAACAAAAGAAAACACAAAAGUGAGAAAAAGAAACAUAGUAGAUCCAGAUCAAGGAACUCGUCUGUGUCCAGCACUGGGUGCCACCAAGAAAGCCAUGAAGCAAGCCCCAGCAACAAGAAGGAUCAGCUUCUGCAGGAUUGGCUUUCCCGGCGUCGGAGGUCUCCCUCACGAAACUCCAUGACUUCAGUGUCUUCAGAGUCACCCACCCGUGAUGCAGCAGAGAGCCAUCUAGCAAUGGGAACUACCAUGGAGGAUGCCCAUAUGGCCAGAGAGGAGCUGUGUAAGCAAAAGGAGAUGAUGAAGGCGUUGGAAACCCCUGAAGAGAAACGAGCUCGGCGCCUGGCAAAGAAAGAGGCCAAGGAGCGAAGGAAAAGGAAGAAGAUGGGCUGGAGUGAGGAGUACAUGGGCUAUACCAAUGCUGAUAACCCCUUUGGAGACAACAAUCUGCUGGGAACCUUCAAAUGGCAAAAGGCACUGGAAAAGAAAGGAAUCAGUCACUUGGGAGAGAAGGAGCUGAAGGACCGCAACAAACACAUCCAAGAGGAAAACCGGAGGGAGCUCCAGAAGGUCAAACAACUUCGUCUAGAACGAGAGCGCGAGAAGGCCAUGCGAGAGCAGGAGCUGGAAAUGCUGCAGCGUGAGAAGGAGGCUGAGCAUUUCAAGACAUGGGCAGAGCAAGAGGACAACUUCCACCUUCACCAAGCCAAGCUGCGCUCAAAAAUACGAAUUCGUGAUGGAAGGGCCAAGCCAAUUGACCUGCUGGCUAAAUAUAUCAGUGCAGAAGAUGAUGACCUUGCUGUUGAAAUGCACGAGCCUUACACAUUCCUGACUGGCUUAACUGUGUCUGACAUGGAUGACUUGCUGGAGGACAUCAAGGUGUACAUGGAACUAGAACAAGGGAAGAAUGUAGAUUUCUGGAGAGACAUGACUACAAUCACAGAAGACGAAAUCAACAAGCUCCGCAAGUUGGAAGCUUCUGGGAAAGGGCCAGGUGAUCGUCGAGAAGGCAUCAACACUUCAGUCACCACUGAUGUUCAGGGGAUCUUUAAGGGCAAGACUUUCAACCAGUUGCAGGCAUUACAUCAGAACAUUGAGUGUAAGAUUCGGGCAGGAGGCUCCAACCUGGACAUUGGCUACUGGGAGAGUCUUCUCCAGCAAGUCAAGGUUUAUAUGGCACGGGCAAGGUUGCGGGAGCGUCACCAGGACGUUUUGCGCCAGAAACUGUACAAGCUGAAGAAGGAGCAGGGAGUGGAGAGUGAGCCGCUAUUCCCUAUCGUCAGCCAGGAGUCUCCGUCAUCAGAGGGGAGCAGAUCUCCCAGCAGUGAUGACUCCUCGACCAAGGGGAGCUCCUUAGACCUAGAGGACGUGAAGCAGGAGAGCGAGCAGCCAUCUGUGAGUGGCGGGGCAGAGGCCGAGAAUGAGGCAGAGCAGCAACUGGGUGACAAUGAGGUGGUUUUGACAGAGGAAGACCUCAUCCAGCAGAGCCUUGAUGACUAUGACUCUGGGCGUUACAGUCCCAGCCUACUGCAGCAGUCUGAGCUGCCCCUCGACACUCAUGUGGUGGAGCCAGAAGAAGAUCUGCACCGUCUACAGCUGGCACGCAAGCAGUUACAGGUGACAGGUGACGCCAGCGAGAGUGCUGAAGAUGCCUUUGUGCGCAGGGCCAAGGAAGGAAUGGGAGGAGACGAGGCCCAGUUCAGCGUGGAGAUGCCCCUCUCUGGGAAGGUCUACCUGUGGGCAGACAAAUACCGGCCACGCAAGCCGCGCUUUUUUAAUCGUGUGCACACAGGGUUUGAAUGGAACAAAUACAACCAGACCCAUUAUGAUUUUGACAACCCGCCCCCCAAGAUUGUGCAGGGCUACAAGUUCAAUAUCUUCUACCCGGACCUCAUCGACAAGCGCUCCACCCCUCAGUACUUCCUGGAGCCUUGUGCAGAUAACAAAGACUUUGCAGUUCUGCGUUUUCACGCCGGGCCUCCCUACGAGGACAUUGCAUUCAAGAUAGUCAACCGGGAGUGGGAAUACUCCCACCGGCAUGGCUUCCGCUGCCAGUUUGCAAACGGCAUCUUUCAGCUGUGGUUUCACUUCAAGAGAUACCGGUACAGGAGGUAGCCAGGGGCGGGUGGCCAUUCAGGUCAUUGACGCUCUCUGUUUGGGCCUGGACUUGAGAAGUUUGGUUCCUUUGAUGUACAGAUAUUUUUCCUCUUUAUUAAAUAAAAAAGUGCAACUUUUUAAA